AAUAAAUGAUUAGAUAAUCCUACCAAUAAUAGAUGUUAUCCACAUAAAUAAAAAUGGUACAUACACUAGAAAAAUAUAAUCCAAUUAGACCAAUAGAAAAUCCAAUUAAACACUGGAAAAAUAAAAACUAUAAAAUCAACUAAAAUCUGAUCAAAAUAUAAUUAUUCCUAACAGAUAAUAUCUGAUUAUAUAAUGAAUUCUCUAAAAUUAAAAAAAAAUUUGCUAUUGUUAGUACUCUAUUUAACAAACAAAAUCUCUCUGAAAACAUAACCAUAUCCUCCGAAAAUUUCUCUAUCCACAACUCUCUCCACGAUCCUCUCUCUCGUUCCCCUUCUCUUAAGGAGAAAAUCAAGGAACAGGAACCUCUGGGAAACCCUAAAACUUCCAUAUAUCCCAAACCAUAAAAACCCUAAUGUCCUUCAGCGCUCACUCCGGUGGCUCCACGAUAGCGUGCGCUGCCUGUAAAUACCAAAGGAAAAAGUGUACAAAGAACUGUAUUCUUGCUCCUUAUUUCCCACAAGAUCGCCCAAAGCAGUUUCUGAACGCUCAUAAACUCUUUGGAGUAAGCAACAUCACCAAGAUGAUCAAAGGAGUCGAAGAAUCUCAACGAGACAUCGCUAUGCAGAACCUUAUCUACCACGCUAACGCUCGUGCCCUAGAUCCAAUAGGAGGGCUUUACAGGGUUAUGUGUGACCUUAAGCGCAAGAUCGAGUGUUGUCAAGCUGAGCUUAACUUUACUCAUCAGCAGAUCGCUAUGUGUCGCUCUCUAGCUCAUCAGCAGGAGCAAAGGCAAAGGCAAGAUCUUCCCUUCGGAUGCUAUUCCUACGGAGAACUAUUACAACAAGAAGAUGAAUACGUUAAUGUCGACGGUUAUGGCUUUCAGAACGUGCAACAACAUCAAGAGAUGCAGCAGCAGGAGAGUCCGAUCAAUUACGAGAUGUUAUUGAAGAUGCCCGAACAAACCAGCAAGGUUAAGCUUGAGGAGAGAACAACAAUCUCUGAUCAGGAACAAAACAAUCUAUUGAGGCAGAUACUCAUGUCAUCGUCGCCCAUCAAUUAGAAGUUUUUAGUCCCUUAGUCUUAUGUUCAGGUUUAGGUUUUCUAGUUUUUCGUUAACAUCUUGCUAUAGGAUUUAUCGUAUUUCUUGUAUUUCUCAGAAUUUGCAAAGGUAGCAAAGCAUUAAUAUAAUGUUCUCUUUAGCUA